GUCAUAUUAUUUCGCUCCAAUCGUAUCUCUACUUGUUCACUGACAAUUACUGGUAUCAGUACCAAUCUGUAUUUACUCGUUCAUGACGUUCACGUCAUACGGUAGAUGAUCAACAAGCGCAGAAAAGAAUAUAAAAAACCGGCUACGGCGUAGAGAUCUGCAAGGAUAAUGAUUCGCUUUAUUAGCUUAUUGUAAGGUUUGAGUGUCAAGAAUGGAACACACGGGACAAGUACUGUUCGCGAUACUCAUUUUGUCGGUGUUGCAUUGCACAACUUCAACGUAUUUCGGAGAUGUAUUCGCACAGCAAGCUGAUGAGCCCUCUAAAAUUGGUUGGCUCUUCUCCGAUAACUUUGUCCAAGUUAAGAGGAUUCAAAGAUCUCCAUACGAUCUUAAGAGAGAAUCCGAGGAUGAUGGUUCGCCAAAGAUCAUCAAUGGUCAAUGCCGGGAUAAGUUGAAUCAGCUUUGCGGGGAUAUAGAUAGGAAUAACGAUGAGCUUAUGCUGCUCGAAUGCAUUCAGACUUUCAAGCCCACUGAGAUAUCUGGAAUUAAUCAGAAAUGCCAGGAAGCAAUUUGGUUCUAUAUCCAAAAUAUCACAGAUAAUCAAAACAUAGAAAGGCUAACUAGAAGAGUGUGUGGUUCACAAUUGGAUAACUUACAGUGCUCCAGUUCUGACAAAAUCCAUGGAGCUUAUUUAUCUUGUCUGAUCGAUAAACGAGAGAUGGUUAGAGAUCCUGACUGCAUCACUUAUAUUCAGAGAUUAGAGUGGAUUGCUUUCAGCGAUUUCAGAAUUCUGACUCCCUUCAAGACAGACUGUGCAAAUGAUAUUAGAAAGUUUAAGUGUGACAGUUUACAACCAUACAGAGAUAUAUCACAAGGUCAGAUAUUAGCUUGCUUGCAAGAACACGUCGAACAACUGCAGCACGAGUGUAGGAGGCAUAUUCUCCAUGUAUCUGAAAUUCAAGCUGAAAAUAUCAGAUUAGAUCGUCAACUGUACAUGGCUUGUACUCAUGAUCGCACUAAGUUUUGUCCUAAUAUUCGACCAGGCAGUGGUCAAGUCUAUAAAUGCUUAAUGAAAUAUAAAACUGACAGAUCGAUGACUGCACAGUGUCAGGAGCAAUUAACAAGGAGAGAGAAGCUUAUUGCUUCUGACUACAAAAUUAGCAAAGGCCUUGUUAAGGCAUGUAAGGAGGAUAUUAGAAAUAAUCACUGCAGGCGGUCCGUGUCCGAGGAUAAAGAGAUUAAACUGGCGCAAAUUUUGCUUUGUCUGGAGUCUGCAAUGAAGAAUGGCAGCAAAAUCGAUGGAAAUUGUCAAGCGGAAAUGUUUGAUCACAGGAAAUUAUUAAUGGAAGAUUACAGAUUAUCGCCAGAAAUUGUACACAAAUGUGCCAACGACAUUACGACUUUUUGUAACAGUCUCGAGGUCGGUGGUGCCACAAUACAUUGUUUAAUGGAACAUACGAGAACAAGGAAAAGAAAAUCGAGAGUCGCGCCGGAAUGUCAAAGAGCGUUAGAAGAGUUAAUUAUAGAAGCUGAUGCUGGCGAAGAUUGGAGAAUUGAUCCAGUUUUAAGAGAACAGUGUCAACCUGUGGUCAAUUUAGCUUGUAGAGAUGUACACGGUGGAGAUGCUAGAGUAAUAUCUUGCUUAAUGGAACAACUAGGAACAGAACGAAUGACCGAGGCCUGUGAAACUGCCUUGGUGCAAAUACAGUAUUUUAUCGCCAGAGACUUCAAACUUGAUCCGCAAUUGUACAGAGCGUGUAAGUUCGAUGCCGUUCGUUUGUGUCACGCAAGAAACGCAUGGACUGGCAAUGGUAAACAAAUGGAUCCUGAAACUGGACCACUGGUAUUGCCAUGCUUGUAUCGGCAUGUGUACCAGAAAAAUAUGACAUUGAGAGCGGAUUGUUUAGAAGAAAUUAGACGAGUCAUGAGGCAGCGUGCUAUGAAUGUUGAUUUGCAACCCGAAAUAGAAGAAGUAUGUUUCAAUGAACUAGCAACACUUUGUUAUGACAAAACUGCAAAGGGAGAAGAAAUUCUAUGCUUGCAGGAUAAUUUAGAGAACUUGAAAGAAAAAUGCAAGUUUGCAGUUGGCAAUUUUACUGAAGAACAAGCUGAACGUGUUGAAUUGAAUCCCAUAAUUUCUUCCGCAUGCCAACAUAUUAUGGAACGUCAUUGCGAGGAAGUAUUAAAUAUAAAAUAUGGAAAAGAUGAAGGAGAUAUGAUGGAAUGUCUUAUCGAGCAUAAAAACGAGCUGGAUGCACGCACCGACUACAAAUGUAAAGCAGCUGUGGAACAUUUUCAAUUGAUAUCUUUAAAGAAUUAUCAUUUUACAUACAAAUUUAAGGAGGCAUGCAGGCCUUACGUUAAGAGAUGGUGCCCUAAAUCGAAGACAAAGGCCAAUGUGAUAGAAUGCUUAAGCUCCAUUGUACAGGAAGAUAUAAUGAAAGAUUCUCAGCAUCGUGUUAUGAAGGAUUGCAGACAACAGCUGCGAGCACAACUUUAUCAGCAACGAGAAAAUAUUAAUUUCGAUCCGUUCCUGCAAGCGGCCUGCGCAUCAGACGUCAAACAAUUCUGUUUUAAUGUGGAACCAGGCAAUUCACAGGUAUUAGAAUGCUUGGCAUCACACAAGUCUAAACUAUCGGACAUGUGUCAUAAACAGCUGUUCAAGAUAAGGAAACAGGAGUUUCAAGAUAGUUCUAGUGAUGUUCCUUUACUGAGCAUCUGCCGAGCUAUGAUAAAACAGUACUGCCAUGAUGUGAGCAAAUCACAAACUUUGGAUUGUCUUAAAAGAUACAAAGACGAACUCACUUUCGACGAUAAAUGCAAAAACAUUGUGGUUCGAAGAAUGAUUGAACAAAAUACGGAUUAUAGGUUCAAUACUGCAUUGCAAAAUUCGUGUGGCUAUGACAUCGAAAGACACUGCAAAGAGGUUAUAAUACACGAACGCACUGACAAAGAACUCGAAGGAAAAGUAAUUAGAUGUUUGAAGAUCAGAUUUCGGGAAUCGAAGCUGACAACUAAAUGCGAGCAUCAAAUGGCUAACAUUCUCAGAGAAGCUGCAUUAAAUUAUCAUUUAAAUCCGUUAUUAGCAACGAUGUGCGCGCAUGAGAUUGAAACUAUAUGCCAAUCGGAUGAAAACGAGCCUGGUGCUGUUGAAGAGUGUCUUAAAAGGAAAUUCAAUGCUGGAAAUCGAGAUAUGAGGGAAGAGUGUCGUUUGGAAGUUGCGGAUCUGAUAGAACAAAGCAAAGCUGACAUCAAUGUAGAUCCCUUAUUGCAGAAAGCUUGUGCUGUGGAUAUCAGCAAAUAUUGCAGUGCUAUACCUCAAGGCGCGGGAAGACAUAUAAUGUGCUUGCAAAAUGCGCUAGAAGACAGUAAUAAAUCCUUGCAACCUGAUUGUUACAAAAUGUUGACUACGAGAAUGGAAAUGUUUAAAAAUGCUGCCAAGUUAAUCGCGCCAAAUACGUUCGAGGAAUUAUACACGACGGUAAAUCGUUCUCCAGCGAGGCGUUACUUCAUAAUCGUUGGUUUUACUAUAAUCGGAGUGAUUUUCAUCGUUGGCAUGUUCUGCGGUCGCGUGACCAGGCGGACGAUGAUUAUGAAAAACAAGUGACGACACACCCGUCCACUAGUGAAAUGACUUUCGUGAAAUUAGUCGAAGGAUUGUAAUAGACUACACAUAUGUGUUGAUAUGAUCGGAGUGCAAGUUCACGAUAAAAGAAAAAACAUUGGUCUUUUUAUACCUUUGUUUAUGAAAU